AUGCGCGGCGCCAUGGUCGGCUUCGGGGCUGAUUUCGGAGGCAGUAUACAUGUGCCUGCGAUGUGUAAUAACAUUUACGGCUUCAAGCCGAGUGCCGGCCGGAUUCCGUUCGGUGGCCUGGAGAGCGGUCGGCUGCAUGGCCAGGACCGGAUUUCAAUGCAGGCGGUCGCUGGGCCGCUGGCAGUGGCGGAUCUGGAAGCCGUCAUGAAAAGAGAUUGUCCCGAGAGCGGCCCUGUUUGGUGGAGAUUGUAUUCCCGGUCACUGGGAGAAAAAUUCUCCGUCAUUGCCAGAGAUCAGGUCGAAAGAGUUCACUGUUGGGGUGUUACGAACCGAUGGUCUCGUCACGCCUUUGCCUCCUAUUGCACGAGUCAUGGACGAGGUAGCCGAGUCUCUCCGUCGGACUCCAGGUGUCUCGGUAGUCGAAGUGCCAGUCCCUCCAGCCUUGAAGGGUUAGCAGGGCGUCUUAUGGGUGUCGACGACGCUGGCUCAGUUAGAACACCACGAUCGGUGGUUGAGCAGGAAUUGCUCACAAUGUGGCCAGUUAACGGAGACUACACAAACCGAAUCGACGCGAUUAUUGCUCCGGUGGCACCCCAUCCUGUCCCCGAGAUUGAUCGGUACAAUUCCAUCGGAUAUACGUCCAGCUUUGUUCUUCUUGACUACCCGGCCGGUACAAUCCCGGUGCGCCGCGAGAGCGGGAGGCAUAUGGAUUCUCCUAUUCUAGGGAGCUGGGACAGGGUAAAUCGGGAACUGUGGGACAACAUUCCCUUAACGCGACUGCGCUCCGUGGUCUGCAAGAAGAUUGUUAAUUGUCUACUCCCUUUUUAA